ACACCCAAGUACAGUCAUGGCCUAGCGGCCUUCUAGUGGUAGACACUUCAAUUCAUACAACACGACACCAAGGCCACGGCGCAAUUAUUACAAAGUCAUGAGCAGAAGCUUCAAGCUUCUGCUUGACCUGCGAUCGACGAAGCAAUUUAAUUUUAUUUUAGCCAACACACACCCCCAAGCACCAACCAAGCAUAUCCCUUUAUAAUGAGCAGAACACCCCAUCAGGCGCGCAGCGCAAGAAUUCAUCGGCACGCCCCAAUAUUCGACCGGUCAGUCAACCACCAUGUUCUUCUGCGAGUGCGGCACGGGCAGCUUCAAGCACGUCGACGAGGGCCCCGGGGACCUCGGCCGCGGCGCGGGCGGAUCACGAUCGCCCAGGGGGAGGAGCAAGCACGGCGGCAAGGUCAACCCCUACGCGGGGCGCGGGUUGGACCGGUUCUCCGUCGUGCUCUCCGAGCUCGAGACCCGGCGGGCCAGGAUCCUCCGCCGCGUCGGCUCCGACACCGGCCUCGUCUUGGUCCGCUUCGUCCAGUCCAACGGCGGCUGGACGCCCGUCGUCGUGAAGCUCCCCGACGAGGAGCAGCUCAAGCAUGGUGCCGCCGACGCCAAGAAACCGAGGGCAGCGGCGCCACCGUUGCCACCGGCUCCUGCUUCGUCCACCAGCCCGCUGGACCCGGCCAGCCCGAUGGAGAGGGAAGGAGGCGAGAAGGGCAAGAAGGCUACUACCACCAAGGUGCCGGCGAGGAGGGCGUCCUUCUCGUGGGGGACGAGGGUGCGGCGGCCGUCCCGCUACUGGCCGGCCGUCAUCGUGCUCACGCUGGUGAGCCUGGCCGUGUUCGGGCGGGUGUUCGCCAUCUGCCUCACCACCAUUUGGUGGUACGUCCUCCCCACCCUGGGCACCGGUUGCUACGACGGCGCCGGCGAGGACGCGCGCCGGGCCGGCCUGAGGAGGUCCAUGGAGAAAAAGAAGCUCGUCUCGCAGCCUCCUCACGCCAAGAACGGCAGCGGCUGGGGCGUGCACGAGGUGGCCAGCUCGCCAAGAGGCCAUGCCAUUGCCAAGGGGAAGCGAGGUUGACGCCUGAUCGACGCAAGCAUUGCGUGCAGCUAGUCUUCAUCGCAAUGGUUAAAAUCCACCCCCUACGCUCGUCCGCCUGCAUCCCACGCGAAAAAGGGGACGCGUGUCGCGUCCCCACGAGCUCUGGCCGUUUUGCAAAAAAGACCUCUGAUUUUCAGAAAAUCUUAGAUAAACCCAUCCCGCCCUGGCUGCACAGUAUCCACGUUCGAAAAGUUUUCGUGAAAGCCCUUGAACUUAUGUUUAUUUCCAUAUGAAGAAGAAAUAUGAUAA